CACGCGCCCCGGCGCCGGAGGAGGCGGGGCCUCGGCCAGGCCGGAAGUGGAUCCGGAAGCCCCGAGAGGAAGAGGAGGAGGAAGAUGGAGCAGCAGCAGCAGCAACUGCGCGGCCUGCGCGACUUCCUGCUGGCCUACAACCAGAUGACGGAGCUCUGCUUCCAGCGCUGCGUCUCCAACCUGAACUACCGGGCGCUGACCGGCGAGGAGGAGAGCUGCCUGGACGGCUGCGCGGGGAAGCUGGUGCGCUCCAACCACCGCCUGAUGGCCGCCUACGUCCGCCUCAUGCCCUCGCUCGUCCAGCGCCGCAUCUCCGACUACGAGGCCGCCGCCCAGGAAGCGGCCCUCCCGCCCACGGAGCCUCCCGCCCUGCCGGCGCCCAGCGUGGUCAGCGCCUCCUGACGGCACCGCCGGGCUGCUUGGUCUCCCAGCGACGCCC